AUGAACAUUUCAAAUCAGCCUGGUCUCCAACCCCCGGAUUUGACAGCGGGCAUGCAAUCCCCAUUAUCGAACUCGCCAUCUACUGAAAAGCCGCUGGAUGACAUGGCUGAUGGUUUUGAGGAGCUGGAUUUGUCAGAUGAUGCCCUCAUCGAAGACCAAGAUGAGGCGCAAGCUGCCCUUCAACCAGCCAUCAGUGCCGCCGCCAGUCAUUUAACAUCCAUUCAAACUCCUGCAGCGGAAAAGGCAGCAGCCCUGGAACGUGUACCUGGGGCCGGAUAUUUCGACACCGCCAUCAUCGAGGGCGAAGAAGAAGAUGACGGUGGCGAUAGCUCCGGCCCAGGGCCAGGAACGUUUCCUGAAACCCAGAGCACCAGAGCUAGGGAAGAUGCAGCAGCUCAUGCCCACGUCCUUGGGGCUCCUAGGUUUCAAUCACCAGACCAGUUGCCGAUGCCUUCACCCUGGAUAUCAAAACCCAAAGAUUUCAGUAUCAACAAAGAUUCACCUCGCUCACGCCAGACCCUGGGAAUGCUUGGUUCUGCUUUUGGUCAAACUCGGCAUCGGUCAAGGUCCGCAGGACAGGAAGCCUUGAAGAAGCUUCAAAAGGCUUUCCCAUCAUUCACUGGCCAUGGCAACCUUUUGCCUUCACUGCCAACGUCGUUUCUUUCUAAUUUUACGGGAGACCACAAGAGUGGCCUAAAUCACAGUUCAAAGAUUGUCAACCGUCCUCGCCCCAGGUCCGUCACACUGGCGCAGCCGACCACCAACGCCAGCCAUGUUGCUGGUUACCAUAAUGAAACAGAGAAACAAGACAGACAUACGCCAUUACCAUCCGCAGCGGCAGGGGCCGGCUUAUCUUCAAUGGCUCGGCCUCGACCGCCCGUGCUGCGGCGAGUUACAUCUGAUGAAAGUCUCCUGUAUCACAGCCUGUCCAGACAAUCGUCUCUCGGGGACGAUAAUAGAUUUAGUGACGUCCGAGAAAUGGUAAAUAUUCGAUUCAUGGCCAUCCGAGACAGUCUUCCGGAGGUGCCAAAUUUCAAGAUGCCUAGCUUUCCACGCUUGCAAGCGGCUUCCCGCAUGUCAUCAAUUUCCAUCAAUGGACUUUUUUCGAGUUCAAGCGAUGACAAUGCGCUAAAUCGACCAAAGGCAGACGGUACUCGAGAGCUACCAACAGCGCAAUCGAGUCCAGGUGUUGCUAAAUCCGCCGCCUCUACGCCAAUGGACCGUGUUCUGGAAGACCUCACAGGUGACUUGGUUGUUCUUGGCGGCUAUCGUGGAUCUGUACUUCGCUCCGCCGAGCCACCACACCAGCAACUCUGGGCACCUGUAAAACUGGGAUUUAAUAUGCGAAAAGCGAACCUGGAGGUAGGUUUGGAAGAUGAAGAUGAAGAAACUAUGGAGGAACGCAUCAUACCUUCAGGCAUGCUGAAACAUGUCGGCCCCGUCGAUGUUUCGCGUAAGCUCUUCAAAAAGCUACGGUCAUCACCAAAUGCACGCAAUGGCAAGCUUCGAAUCUGGGACUAUGGAUACGAUUGGCGCCUUAGCCCUGCAUUAUCGUCAAGAAAAUUGCAGCAAUUCCUUGCCAAAUUGCCAUCCAAUCAACCCGGCACACCGACAGAGUCUCGCGGAGCUCUCAUCAUUGCCCACAGCCUAGGCGGACUCAUUACGAGACAUGCUGUCAACCAGCAGCCGCAUCUCUUCGCCGGAGUACUUUACGCUGGAGUCCCUCAGCGUUGUAUAAAUAUACUAGGGCCAUUCCGGAAUGGUGACGCGGUUCUCUUCAACGAGAAGCUGCUAACUGCGCAGGUUAACUUCUCAAUUCGUACAUCGUUCGUGUUGCUCCCUGAUGACGGGUUCUGCUUCAUUGAUAAGGAGACUAAGGACCCAUAUCCAGUUGACUUUUUCAAUGCUGAUGACUGGGUCAAGUGGCGUCUCAGUCCUUGUGUGGCAACAGCCCUUCCGGCCUUUAAUAGAGACAAGCAACAAGGACUGGUAUCGCCAUUGUCUGCUCUUUUCCCGAAUUCUCUGCUGAAAACGAAGAAGGCACCGGAUUCCUAUGAGAAUCAUGAAAACACAGAUGUUAUCUCCAACGAAGUUCUCCAACAAGGAGUUGCUCCCCUCCCGUCCCCUCCUCAGUCACCUUCGCCGCCUUCAGGCGCUGCGGAGACUUUUACCCCAGAUCAGGAACGGUAUUUGGAGUAUCUAAGACGAACACUCGCAGCGACUAGGAAAUUUCGAUCCGAACUUGCUCACUCUGAGAGCCACGAAAUGUCUAAUGCGUACCCACCGCAUGCUGUUCUCUACGGGAAAGCAAUCCCCACGGUAUACGCAGCCCAAGUAGCAGGGCGUGAGGCCAUCCCGUGUUCAGAUGCCUACGACGAUUUGAUUUUCCGCCCCGGAGAUGGAGUUGUGCUUGCGCGGGAAGCAAUGAUUCCUGAGGGGUAUUCCAUUGUUCGAUCCGGCCGAGUCAGUACCGAGAGAGGUCAUCUCACUAUGCUAGGGGACCUACCAGCAGUAGCUCGGGCGCUUGAGGCCCUUGUCCGUGGCCGUCGCAAGGGAAUUGGUAUGGGAAAGUGA